AUGACCAGGUACCGGGACCUCAUCAGUCACGAAGAGAUGUUCUUCCGUAACACUGAUGACUCGGUCAGUGGUGGAAGGGCCUCCGCUGAAGGUCCCGAGGGCGAGGGUACGGAAAACACAGUCAUCACCGGUGCUGACAGUGUCAUGAACCAUCAUUUGCAGGAAACCAGCUUCUCAGAAGACGUCUACCAGAAGUACGUCAAAGAUGACGCGAAAUCAGUGAAAGAGAAGCCUGAAGAACAGAGACCAGCCAAGAGUCAAACCUUUUAUUAUUAUUUUUUUUAA